UUGUGUCGCUUACAUUAACGUUUUAUAUUUAUCUCUUUGUACUUGUUUACACUUAAAACAUUUAUCUUAAAUAGUGGAAUGGAAAAUAAAGAGCAGAAUAUUACAGAAGAAUUAGAGGACAGCUCCGAUCUAGAGAAGCGCAUCAUUGAAGCAUUUGAAGUUUUCGAUCAUUCGAGCACAAAAACUGUAGACGUAAGGGAAGUUGGUACCAUCAUAAGAUCACUUGGAUGCUGCCCGACAGAGGCGGAGAUCCAAGAGAUUCUGGUUGCCGUUGAGGACCAGGAAACCUCUGGCAGUGUGCAGCUGAAGAAAUUCCUACCAGUCAUGACACAAAUCAUCCAAGAGAACAGGCUGCAGCCCGCGUCGCCCGAGAAGCUGCUCAAGGCCUUCGUGACCCUGGACCCGGCGAGGAAGGGCCACCUGACCAAGGAGUUCCUGGGCCGGGCCGUCAUGGAGGAAGGGGAGCCCUUCACCCAGGAGGAGGUCGACGAGAUGAUGGCGGUGGCCAUCGACGCCGAGAUGGGGAACAUACCCUACGAGUACUACAUCAACCAGCUCAUGGUUGACUGAAUCAAAUGUUGGAGUUCAACAUAAACUGCAAGUUUAGCAAACAUCAAUCAUGCUUAAAAGGGUAGUUCCCUUAAUUAUUCUGCUUUCAAUUUACCCUCUUUUAUUGCAUAAUCGUCGCACACGCAUAAUCAUCGCAAAAAUAUUUUAGGGCGUCAAAAUUUGGAUUCAAAAAACCUCUUGCGUAAACCUCUCGCAAGAUGUUUUUGGUCCCGCUAUUAGAUUCCGAGCGCUUUGUGUAGGUAUCUUUUCCGUAUAAAACAAUGUAGGUAUUUUAAAGUAGAAAUCUAAUAUUUAUUCGGAAAUUACCUCUUACUAAUUUAACGGAAAUAUGAAGUUAUCUGAGGUGUAAAUGUUUUUUAAAGACUUUUUAAACGUUAUAACCUUUAUCUGUUCAUCUGCGUCGCCGCGGUGUACCGCUUAUAAAAAUGUAGCCAGCGCUAGUUGGAGUCAUUCAUGUUUGGUUAUGUUGCACAAACGUAGUCAAAUAUUGAUAUCUUGCCGAUUGCAUGCAACGCAUGCUCUCUGUCGAGUGGUGAGUUAACUACGAUUUGAUGGCCUGCACUCUUUCGUGGUAAGUGUGUACUACGACGAUAGUUAUGCGUUGGUUCAGGUUCGCAUUCACAUUUUGUUUUUCUAUUUAAAGUUGAAGAAAGGUUUCUGUUGCACAAGUUAUUAAUUUAAAUUGUUCGACGUGCUCUUCUAUACUCCACUUUUAAAUAAACGUACUUUCCAUGAAUGGGUUUUGUUUUUAUUAAUAACUUACCUAACAAAUUUUUUUUUUCUUCGCAUAAACGUCGCACCCCUACUUUUUAAACUUGAUUUUAGUACAAAAUGUGCGACGAUUAUGCGAUAAAACACGGCAUGUUAGCGCCCAUAGAUUCAUAGUAAAACUAUGUAUGGAUGCUUAUAAAUGAUUUAAUAAAAUUAUUAUUUCAUGUUUUGAAGAGAUUUUACACGAAAAAUUGUAUUUCAACAUGAACUGAAAGGUUGUCAAUGUUUGGUACACAAAUCAACAGUUUAUAUGUAGUCUGUCAUUAAACCAGUAUUUGCACAGAAAAUUACCAUUCUGAAGUUUUCAAAAUUGUACUUGAAAUACAUAUUAUUAUUUAUUAAUUCAUUUACUGCAUGAGUUGGGGAUUGAUAUAUGAUAAUAGCCAUAACUCUGCAUAACUAAAGAUAUAUAAUAGAUAUAAUGAUAUUAAAUUACUAACUGCACAAGUCUACUAGACACUUAUGGAGUUGCACUUAGCUUAGUUGUGAAGUUAAACUAGCAGUGAAGCAAAUAAUAUAUGUCUACCUAACUGUGGCUUAUUCCUAUUGUAAAAAAACAACCUAAGUGUCUGAAUGAAAUACCAAAUUACAUAUGCAUUUAUGUAGGUGCUAUACUUACUAUGUGAUCCAGUCCCUCCUGUACAGAAUGAUCUCUUGAGUAAACAAUACUUCUCUUCGUUAACUGGACCGCAACUGGACUUUUAGAUGCUAUUUCUGUAGCCAUUGUAAUGGCAGCAUUCACCACACUGAAGAAACAAGAUCAUGUUUUUCUCUACCAGCUAAUUUCCAAAUGUUUCAUCGUAAAUUACAAAAGCAAAAAUUCAUAUACUGUUAUAAACAACAUGCAUCGGUGUAAUUGUAAUGUUGACAAUUUCAAGAAACGUGAAUCAGUAACUUGGGCAUGAAGGGGUCACUGACGUAAUGGAGGUUUGGAGAGCUAAGUAUGGUAAUGAUAAUUUUUUUUUUAUAUAAAUAUAUAAUUACCUGAAGUUUUCAGAGGUAAUAAAUAUAUUUUGCUUGUAAUAAUGGGAGUUUUCUAUGGAUUUGUCUUUGUGUGAUGCACCCUGUUUUCUACUUGCACUAUCUUUUACACUAACGAAUGAAAGCUGUUUUGAUUGCAAUCUUUGUUUCAGGAAAAAUACUUUAGCUCUCCAACUACGUUAACAUUAUUUAUAAAAUUAUAUACUUCAAUUGGUGUUUUUUCUUGAACCCUCUUUUGAUACAGAGGCUGGAUAGAAUUAGUUUGAUUUUAGUGUGAUGGUAAUCACACUAUUGCUUAUCUUGUUCAAUAAAAUUUACCUUUGUAUGUGUAAUAAAAACAAAUCCUAUUUGUCAGAGAUUUUAAAUUAGAUACAGAUAAAAACUAUAUUUGUGAAGUCAGUUAUAUUUUUUGCUAUGUAUGUUUUUGCUUAGAAAAAAAAAGAAUCUAAACAACCAUACCUGUACUUUAUCUUGUUGAUGUUUUGUCAGCCCUCAGAGUUUUUGGACUUAUGUUAUUUUCCAUUCUGUUUUUGAAUUAAAUAAUACGUAUGCAGGUUAUCCGGGAAAGCAAAGUUUUGUCUUGAAUGUUGAAACUUUGUAGAGUUUUGCUUUUAGUGAGUGUUGGGUUCAAGUGAGACCGGUCUCAGCGUAGUUCUUUUACCAACAUCCCUGACUUCUAUAGUUGUUUAGUAAUUAUCUCUCAUGACCGUGGUGUCUAUGAGACCGCUUAUGGGUUUUUUCAAGCUACAGGAAAGUUACACCUACUGGUUCAAGAAAGGUAUAUGGAUAUAUACAAAAAAAACUGACCUUUGAAUGCAUUUUGUUGAUACUGAUAUCUUUUUUUUUAGCUAAAACAUUUUUUUUGGCAUUACAUGGAAGGAUAAUGUGUCCGUGGUUUGUAUGUGCAUAACUGUAUUGUCAGUGUGUUGUCCACAUUAUCUGUUUAGUAUCACAGUUGGGUUCGUAUUUCUGUCACAGUGUCCAAGGUUGUUCUUUGUCUGUAUUUACUGUUUUUGUUGCAACUGUCUCACCCACUGUGUUUGUCUGUGCUGUGAUAUUGUUACCACUAAUUCCUUCUACGGAACUAACAUCUGACAUUGGCUGACUUUGGCUUGUUUUUUGUACGUUUGUGUAUUCUGCUUUCCUUGCCCGUUCUUUAGGUUUUGUAUAUGACGUAUAGUGCAAACCAGCAACGGCAUAUGCCCUACGUAAUGACUUAGAUCAACCUUACACAUUGCAAGAAUCAUUUUAAGAUUGUAUUUUUUUGAUUUAUUGCAUAUAUGUACUAUGUACUACCACACGACACUUCUAGUUUUACGUUAGCACACAAUACGCAAACACAAAAUAAAAUAUUGUCAUAUAUACAACUAUAUAUGACUAAUGAAAAUUAAAGCAGAAUAGUGAAACAUCUAAGGUACUUUCUUGCCAAUUUUCCCCAUAUGUUAUACCCAAUGCCAUGCUAGUAUGUCUUAGAAAGCACAGUUCAAGAAAAAAACAUUAUUUAUGUUUGUUACAUGCUCAACAACAGUUAGGAAACUUUUGGGGUGGGCAUGACAUAAAGAUACAAAGGACAGUUUCGGCACUACACUACAAGUAGGCAAGUACCGCUCUUAGGAAUGAACUAGUAGCAGGUAGGCACCACACACACACAUAUGUAUUGCUUGCUUGUGUUGGUCCCUAUCUGCAGAUAGUGCCUACCUUUGCCUGUGCGGUAUGCAUUGGAGCAAAAAAAAAAUUGUUCGUGAGUGAAACAACAAAUCAUGUGCUAACC